AUUCAUUAAUCAUAGAAAUUGAGACCAAAAAUAUUUAUCAAGACAUGAUAAACAAUUGUGAUUUAUUUGAUUUUAGUGAUUAUCCUGAAGAGCAUUGGGUGAAGGAUGAAAAUAGAGGAGAUAGAGCUAUCGACUAUGCAGGAGUUCGUGCAAAAUGUUAUAGCGUU